AUGCAGCGACCAAAGAAAUACUCCACAAAGGGUGGUAUUCAACGAGAAGACUCCGACGAUGAACUUGGGUAUGAGGAUCAUCCAUGGGAAUGGAUCUACGACUCAGACGACACCCCUCAGUCGGCAGGGGAUGAGAAUCAAAAUCCACGGAAACGCAAAGCCAGCGCAUUAAACGAAUCGUCGAAAUCUGGAAGCAUCGUGGGUGCCAGAAUGGGCUCGUUCUCUGUUCGUAUUGGCGAUGCAGUACUUCUGAAGUCGCCUGAGCAAGGGAAGGACUGGGUCGCUCUUAUCUGUUCUUUUUCUGAGACGGAUGAGGAUGAUGAGGAUGAAAUGUCGGUUUAUGUCCAGUGGUUCUGCUCUCCAGAAGAGCUGGCGUUUGGCAAGAGAUCCAAGAUUCGUCCAGAUAUUUUGCCCAACGAGUCAUUUAUCACCACCGACUUCAACAUGAACCCUCUCACUGCCAUAAAUGGGAGAGCAACUGUUUUGUCGAAAGAUGCGUUCUUCGAUAAGUAUCCUGGUGGUUCUCCACCGAAGUCGAAGGCAGCCGCAAGUCUUUAUGGUAAGACAAUUCUUUGCCGGCAAGGUGUGAAGCAACGGACUUUGCGGUUCACUGAAGAAUUCGUCUGGGAUGAGAUAUAUAACGGAGCUGAAGAUCUGUUGUCUUUGAUCGAUUGGGUCAAAGACCAGACAAAGGGCAAAAAGCCUCGUCAAGAAGGAGAUCAUGAUUAUGAGGAGAGGAAACAGAUUGAAGGAGAUGAAACACCUGCCACGCCUCGAAAGCGCAAGAAGACAACAGCAGUAUCAACGCCAAAGUCAUCAGUCAAGGUCUCAAAAUAUACUACUCCAACUCACAAGCGAAUAAUGGUGAAAAGGCCCAUUGAGAUCACACCUCUCGGCACCAGGAUUCUCACGCCGAGCCAGUAUGCAUCAACCCCCUACUCACAUGCAAGGACAACUUUACAUGUCUCAGCUGUUCCAACAUCAUUGCCUUGCAGGUCAAAUGAGUUCAGCACGGUCUAUUCGCAUCUCUACUCCGCCAUUGCAGAUGGCUCUGGUGCCUGCAUCUACAUAUCGGGGACACCCGGCACAGGCAAAACGGCUACAGUGCGUGAGGUAGUGGCAUCUUUGCAUCAAGCCGUGGUAGAUGAGGAGCUAGACGACUUCAACUUUGUGGAAAUCAACGGCAUGAAAGUUACAGAGCCUCAUCAAUCAUAUUCAUUACUGUGGGAAGCAUUGAAAGGAGACCGUGUCAGUCCUCACCACGCACUCAGUCUGCUAGAACAAGAAUUCUCGCAUCCCAGCCCACGACGUAUUCCCUGUGUCGUGCUGAUGGAUGAGCUAGACCAGCUGGUCACAAAGAACCAGAGUGUCAUGUAUAAUUUCUUCAAUUGGCCUGCUAUGCGACACUCCAGGUUGAUUGUGCUUGCCGUGGCCAACACAAUGGAUCUGCCAGAGAGAACACUUUCUAAUAAGAUCAGCUCGCGGCUUGGUCUGACGAGAAUAACCUUCCCCGGAUAUACUCAUACACAGUUGAUGGAAAUCAUCUCAUCACGUCUCGAAGGAGUUCCAGGGAACAUCGUCGACCAAGAUGCCAUUCAGUUCGCCAGUCGAAAAGUCGCAGCCGUGUCAGGCGAUGCACGCCGCGCACUAGAUAUCUGUCGACGGGCAGUCGAGCUGGCUGAGCAGUCUCGACCUAAGCCAAUUCUGGAAGCAGGGGAAGAAGCAGAGGAAGACGAAACCCCUGCUGCCAACACGCCCAGCCGCAAAGGAAGAAAUCAGACAAAACAGCCGCAGGACAAACCCGCCCCAGUGGCGGACAAACCGCUCCCGAGAGUGACGAUCGCGACGAUAAAGCAAGCCAUCAACGAAGCCACAUCCUCUCCACUAGCACAACAUCUGCGCUCCGUCUCACUGAACUCGAAACUGUUCCUGGCCGCCGUGCUCGCCCGCCUCCGCCGUACAGGAGUUGCAGAGUCUACUUUUGGUGACGUGGCCAUCGAGGCCAAACGUAUCGCUGACACUGCUGACAGCGGCGUCAUGCACGAAUUUCUGUUGCUCGAUAGCGAUACGGAGAACCGGUCGGACAUUCUGCCUAUGGUCAUGGGUUUGAGUAGUGCGGCGAUGGUGUUGGUGGAUGCAGGGAUCAUCGCCAUGGAGGCUAGAGGCCGAGGUGAGAGAGCUAGUAAGAUCCGACUGAGGGUUGGCGAGGAGGAGGUCAAGAGCGCGUUAAUGGGGGAUGUUGAGGCGAGAGGUUUGGGAUUCGGUGCAUAG